AUGGCAUCAGCUACUACCAUGCAGGCACUGAACUAUAUUGGACCGUACAAGGUCCGAGUAGAGGAGGUUGAGAAGCCCAAGAUAGAGCAUCCGGAUGAUAUUAUUGUCAAAGUCACCACUGCUGCAAUCUGUGGCUCAGACCUGCACAUGUACGAAGGACGAACUGCCGCAGAGCCAGGCAUAACAUUCGGCCACGAGAACAUGGGUAUUGUUGAGGAGCUGGGAGAGGGUGUCACCUUGUUGAAGAAAGGAGACCGUGUUGUCAUGCCUUUCAACGUUGCAGAUGGUCGGUGCCGUAACUGCGAGGAAGGGAAGACAGCUUUCUGUACUGGUGUCAACCCGGGAUUCGCAGGUGGCGCUUACGGCUAUGUGGCCAUGGGACCCUAUCGUGGAGGCCAGGCACAAUAUAUUCGCAUUCCCUAUGCGGAUUUCAAUGCUCUGAAACUACCACCUGGCAAGGAGCACGAAUCUGAUUUCAUUCUUUUGGCUGACGUUUUUCCCACCGGCUGGCACGGUGUCGAGAUUUCUGGCUUCAAGUCGGGUGAAAGUAUUGCGGUUUUUGGCGCAGGUCCUGUCGGACUCAUGGCUGCUUAUUCGGCUGUGUUGCGGGGUGGGUCCAACAUCUAUGUUGUCGAUCGUGUCCCUGAGCGGCUGAAGGCCGCUGAAAAGAUCGGUUGCAUUCCAAUCGAUUUUACGAAGGGCGACGCUGUCGACCAAAUCAUCGCUCACAAUAUGGGCAUGGUUGAUCGUUCCGUUGAUGCCGUUGGGUACCAGGCCGUGAACCCCAAUGGAUCAUCCGAGAAGCCCAACAUUGUUCUUGAGAAUAUGAUCCGCGUCACGCGGCCUUGCGGUGGACUGGGUAUUGCUGGCCUCUACGUGCCUAGUGAUCCUGGUGCAUCUGAUGCGGCAUCUGCGAACGGCAUGAUCAGUUUGAGCUUCGGUAAACUCUUUGAAAAGGGUCUUUCCAUCGGCACUGGCCAGUGUAAUGUCAAAGCAUACAACAGAUACCUCCGCGACAUGAUCAUUGCUGGCAAGGCCAAGCCUAGUUUCGUCAUCUCCCACGAGAUUGGACUGGCGGAUGCGGAAGAUGCGUAUGAUAAGUUUGAUAAAAGGGAAAAUGGCUGGACCAAGGUUAUCAUUCACCCCAAUGGAGGGGUUUGA